AUGUCAAAAAAUGCCGGUGCCCGAUUCGUCAAAUCGGUAAUUGGCAUCGAUACAAACGCGCGCUAUGCACACCAACCCCAGAAUCUCGAGGAGCGCGCGCGCGCGGCCCUUGGUCCGGCCGCUGCUUAUACAGAAGAAGAACCUACUGUUUUAGAGUGGCUCAAGGAGCUGAGACCAACCAAGGCGGGCGUUCGGCACUAUUUUCAAAGCCUGUUUCCAUGUAUAUGCUGGCUUCAACGCUACAAUCCAAGAUGGCUACUAGGCGACGCUGUGGCGGGCUUCACUAUUGGUCUAGUCGUCGUCCCACAAGCCAUGGCCUAUGCAGUUCUCGCCGGCCUCACCCCAGCGUACGGUCUCUAUACGUCCUUCACUGGCGCUGUCUUGUACUGGGUUUUUGGAACUUCGAAAGAUAUUGUCAUUGGAACUACUGCAGUCGGAUCCUUACUAGUCGGCCAAGUCGUUAAUCGCGUCAAAGAAAACAACGAAUCCAUGUACGAUAGCCAGCAAAUUGCGCAUACGCUGAGCCUUCUUUGUGGCAUCGUCUUGUUCUUUUUCGGUCUCUUACGACUGGGAUGGGUCGUCGAAUUCAUUCCCUACAUCCCCAUAUCCGCUUUUGUCACGGCUGCGAGUAUAACUAUCAUGUCUACCCAGAUCCCGACAGCACUGGGGAUCAAGGGAAUCAAGAGCCAAUCGCCACCAUAUCGCGUCAUAAUCGAUACUCUCAAGGCCUUGCCAAACGCCAAGCUCGAUGCCGCUAUUGGAGUAUCCUCCAUCGUUCUUCUCUUCGCACUUCGGGCAUUCUGCUCCCACAUGGAGUCUAGACAGCCCGCUCAUAAGCGAGCUUGGUCAUUUGCUUCGUCGCUGCGCCUAACAUUUACGAUGCUACUUUUCACGCUCAUCAGCUUUCUGGUGCACGGGUUCAAAAAAAUAGGAACUCCAGAUCUCAGCACAGCACUUAUUCGAGAGAUUCUUCCGGAACUGCCUGCUGUAGCCAUCAUUUUGAUCAUCGAGCAUAUUGCCAUCGCAAAGUCCAUGGGUAGACUGUACAACUACAGUAUUAACCCCUCGCAAGAAAUUGUCGCCCUAGGAGCUGCAAAUUUGCUGAGCCCAUUCGUGGGAGGCUAUGUUUGCACUGGCUCUUUCGGCGCGUCCGCAGUUCUGUCAAAGGCUGGUGUCCGCACACCUCUCGCUGGAGCUUUCAGCGCUAUAAUGCUGAUACUGGCUCUUUAUGCGCUGACUGGGGUAUUCUACUAUAUACCCAACGCCGCGCUUUCGGGCCUUAUCAUUCAUGCUGUCUGCAAUCUCAUUACUCCGCCGAAAAACCUGUACAAGUACUGGCAGCUCUCACCCCUAGAGCUGCUUAUUUGGGUUGCAUGUGUUGCAAUGGCGAUAUUUCAAUCUCUUGACCAUUCGAUCUAUCUUGGGGUCGGCCUAUCGCUGGCGCUGCUACUAAUUCGGAUUGCAAGAGCCAAUGGCGGAUUUGUUGGCGUCGCCCGCUCGCGGCGCAUGCCGUGGGUAACUGAGGAUCCAGCCGAUAAGCUCGCGGAAUCUUCUAUCACGACCAAGGACGUAUUUCUGCCCUUUAAUCGCCAAGGCGCCUCGAACCCUGCAAUCGUCCUCGACACGCCAUACCCCGGCGUUUUUGUGUAUCGUCUACAUGAUAGCUACAAUUAUAUCAACCAAGCACUGCACGUGGAUAUUCUACAGUCAUAUCUGAUGAAUAAUACUCAACGGACGUCCGAAGAGCAAUACGAGCACGAAUCAGACCGACUUUGGAAUGACUCCGGUCCGCGUGAUAAGCUUUUGUCACAGCACCUGCCCUACUUGAGAGCCUUGAUUCUGGACUUUUCAGCUGUCAACAAUAUCGACAUAACCUCCAUUCAGGGUCUCAUUGAUCUGCGCAAUGUGCUGGAUCGAUACGCAGCGCCAGACACUGUCGAAUGGCACUUCGCCAACGUUCAAAACAGAUGGACACGAAAGGCGUUGGCCACUGCCGGCUUCGGCUAUCCGACAAGCCAGAACCCAGAAGCGCUGGCAAAAUGGAAGCCGAUAUAUUCUAUCGCUCCAAUCAGUGAAGUAGCAACCUCCACACCAAACGGUCAUCGCAGGAGAUCGUGCGCACCUGCCGGUGAUGAAGAAAAUCAUAGCUCCCCGACUUGGCCUGAGCUUAGGACAAGCCUCGAGAAUGACAGGGGCGAAGCCACGAUUUUAGCCGUCGAUCGACCGUUUUUCCACCUUGACCUGCACGACGCAGUAGAUGCGGCGAUCCUCGUCGCCAUACUGGGCCACCUACCCCUCAAGGCAUUGCUCAAGGCCACUCUCAUCUGCCGUUCCAUACACCUUCUAGCAGUACACACUUUGCAGCGGCGUCUGUUUGCCAUUUCCUCGCAUCCAGGACACGAGGUCAUCCUCGAGUGCUAUCACCCCAGCCUUAAAAUCUCCACCCCGUAUCUAUCCUGCCGCCCCCUUGGCACACGCCAUCCCACCGGCUGCGGCCCCGCCGCCACGCAGCGAGAAGAAGAAGCAGAAGAAGCGCCGCCCCCGAGCCUCGGCCACGUCUGCCAGUUGUACACAUCCUUUCUCCCCGUCGUGACCGAGGAGAACCGCCGGCGCCGGUUCCGUAACAUGGCGUUGCCGGUAUCGGUGCGCGACGGCCCACCCCCCCUCGGCGCCGACGAGAUCGCGACGCAGGAACUACCAUUUGACGACGGGGCGCUCUUCUCGCAGCUUUGCGUGGCGCUCAACCUCGUCACGCCGCAUGGUCGCCACCGCGGCGUCUUUGUCAGUCACUACAACAUGAGCGAGCACGUCGUGCGCGUCUUUCGUCGGUGGCUGGAGCAAGGCAUGCAGGCCGCUGCCGCCGGCGCCGGCGAUGACGACGAGGUCUGGGAUCCGACUGCUCCGCUCGCUUCCAGCCGCAUCUUGUGGGUAGACGACGCGGCGCAGACUAUUGGGCUGCGCUUCCGGGUGUCGCUGGGGCCGGCGGAGAGGAUGCCGCUCCUGUCAGGGACAGACGAGGACCCGGCCGUCUCGUAUACACUGACUUAUCAAGAACUGUUGAUCCGCUCAACAAGUCUACUCAUGGCCGUCGAGGCAUCCGCGGACCAGGAGAUGGAGCCAUCGCAAAACUCCAUAAUCCUGUCCACCGCGGCGGUCGCGUAA